AUGCAGGGUCAGUCAGGCAAGGACGCGGCGCAGUCGGCUGGGGCUACAAGUUCUGUACGAUUUGAUCUCCAGGAAGCUGCGAAACUGCAGUGGGCAAAUCCGCUUGGCCUGGAAGAUGCGAGGGGUGGACCUCUUGAGGAGGAAGACGGAGAGUGGGAGCACCAGCGUGUGCAGGGGGGGUGUUCACCGGGGUACCUGCGAAAGCAGGGCGAGGAACGAAGACACGCAUCAGAAUUGAACGUCUCCGGUUCGACUUCGACGGGAAGCUGCGGAGCGAGGUCUUCCCGUCUCAGCGCUGGCGGGAUAUACACUGGGCGAGCUGUUGCAGCUGGCUCAGAGCGCGAGUCGGCCGCAGGCGGCUUCCUGGAUGUCGAGUGCUGCUACGCCCUUCUCCUCCCUAUUGAGCAGAAACCGGAGCCUCUUUUGAUUGCAGGCGUCCUUGCCCCGCUCGGCGUCGUUGUCGCGUGCUCACCCUCGCGCGUCGCCGUGAGGCGCGCGUCCCUGCCGCCGCCUACCGCCGCGGAGUGUGCAGAGCGCAGAGGCCGUCAGCGUCUCCGCGCGCCCUGCAUCAACCUCCGGUUGCAACUGCAGCCUUCUCUGCACCCUCUGCUUACGCGUCUUCUAGCUGUUUCGGCCGCCGAUCGCUCCUUCGUCCACGCACACCCGCCUCUCUCCGGCGUCGCGUUUCCGGCGCGUCGGGCGGCGGGGCCUGGGCCUUCGGUUGGACGCCUGUCUCCGCGCCCGGCAAGCGGGCACCAGUCUCCUUUCCCUUCGCCGUCACCAGUCGGCGCGCUGGCGUGCGGGGUGGGUUUGCGGGCUCACGAGACGGCAGCCGAGCUUCUCUUUCAGAUCCGCGCGUCACCGUUCUUCACGCACCUCGUCGAGCUCGCGCUCUACGAACUUUUUGAGCGCUUUCUGUCCGGCUUCAAACGCGAGUUGCGCGCCCUCGCGCCGUUCAAAGCCAGCCGGAGUGCCCAGACGCCGCCCGCGAAUGGGCUCGCCCAGGCCGGGGUCGCAGGCGCCAGUCCGCAGCGAGACGCGAACGGGGAGUGUCGCAGCGGAGUCUCAGGGGUCUCUGCUUCGUCCACGCUUCCGCACCAGAAGAGAGGCUCCAUGGAGAGCGAGAACGUCGGCGAUCCGACAGAGGGCUGGGCGGCGGCGGCUGGCGCAGCACUCAUGCGCCACCGAGAGGAGGGGUUGCAGAGGAGAGAAAUCGGUUUGCAGUCAUCUCGGUUCUCCCCGUCUGCGUGCUCGGGGCCUUGCUCUGCGGAGCAGAAAGGCGCGAAUCGUAAUGAUUCCGGGAAAGAAACCAGGCAACAAAGACUCCCGCGCGCCCCUCCCCACCGGCGAAGGCCUAUGUGCUCAGUUUGCCGCAGGCGCAGGUGUCUACGGAGAACGAGGAAGCGCGGCGAAGGCGCCACCAGGGGGGGCAGCGCCGCAGCAAACCUCGCGCGUGUUGCAGCGGACGAACAGAGGAGACUGGGAGGAUGCAGAGAGGGCCAGAGAGGCUGGUAA